UUAUCUUAUUUGACUGGGAGGGAGGGGAGGUGAAGGCCAUCAGGUUGUGACUUGAUUUGACGUCAGGGUCACCGACACUUUGAUUUGUGAGGGAUCAAAGUGAGCCAUCAAGAAAGGUCACUCAACUCCUCCGGUGACUCUUUUUCAAACGGCCGAAAUGGGAGGCAUGUGUGUGUCUGUUGAGAAGGUUGACGAGGGUUCUUAUCUAAUGGGAAGCGGAACUGACUCACCGACCCUUAGUUGAAAUAUGUAUAUCGCUGCUAGUUAGUCUAGCUGUAUAGUUAUAAGCCUCCGCUGGAGAUUUCUCCCAUCCAGGGAAAUCCACCUGCCCCUAUGCCCAUAUCGCAGGCUCGUAUCAGUUUGUCACCAUAGCUUUCUUCUGACAUAUUAUACAUUAUCUAUAGACUGGGCUGUAUAAUUUUAUUUUUUCCUUUACUACCUGGACCAGCGCGGGGGCUCUCAAUUUUUGUUUUCAAGACAUGCUGGCUUAUAUAAAUGGAAAAGCUGACUUUUUCUUUUCUUUCUAAUCUACUCAAUUUUUUUUUCCUUUCUUGAUUUCCUUAUUGCGCAAUCGUGAGCGAAUCACUCUCUUGUUGGCGGGGUUAAGUUGCGACCGCGCGCACUUUCUCAAAAAUUUAAAUAUCGAAGCAGCGCGCGAUGACGUUUGAAUUGCUCCUUGUAUCCCGGCCCACCAGCUGAUCUGUUGCGCUGGAGGAAAUGUGAGAAGCGACGAGAUAUAUACGAAUCUAGCGUAUCAUUACCAUCGGGACGACAUGCCAUUAUAUCCAGAAAUCAUCAGGAACCGCGGGUAUCCGUUGGAGAUCCAUCACGUGACCACAGACGACGGGUACAUACUGGAACUCCAUCGCAUCCCUCCCAGACAUAACGGGUUGUCGCCAUUGAACGGACCCACUACCGGUAAAAUCCACGACGAUUACGAAGCGACCGAAGGAAGAGGACGGCCGGUGUUUCUGCAACAUGGUGUCUUUAGCUCGUCCGCCUGCUGGUUACUUAACCCAAGUCAUCGAUCUCUCGCUUUCCGGCUGGCUGAUCUCGGUUACGAUGUCUGGAUGGGCAACACGCGAGGCAAUAUCUACUCCCGAAAUCACGUCGAACUCGAUCCUGAUCAAGACCCAGAAUUCUGGCAAUAUUCAUGGGACGAGAUCGGCUACUACGACAUUCCCGCCUGCAUCAACUACGUCCUGGCCGUCACCGGCUGGGACAAGUUGGUGUACGCCGGACAUUCGCUGGGAACGGGCCUCUUCUUCAUCGCCAUGAUCCAGCACCCAGAACUCAAUUCGAAAGUGCACCGCAUGUUGGCGUUGGCGCCCAUUUCCAGCAAACAUAACUUGCGGAGCCCAUUCCGGCUCGUUUCUCCCAUCAUCGCCCGAUUAGCGGUUGUGAUGGACAAGAUGCCGAAGAAAGCCAUCUUCGAUCAGGAUAUGAGUUUGAGAACGUUUCAGAAAAGAUUAUGCGAGCGCAAUUUCUUCAAGGCCUCGUUCUGUCGUGAUAUUCUCUUCCUAAUCGCAGGCGCCAAUCCGGACAACUUUGAUUUGAACCUGUUGCCAUCGGUGAACGCUCAUCUCUUUCAGGGGACUUCCAUUCGGGUGAUUGCUCAAUUCGCCCAGCAUUACAACACAGGCAAGGAGAUUUUCCAACAUUACGACUUUGGCAAAAAGGGCAACUUGGAGUUGUACGGUACACCGGAGCCGGCCGUCUACGACUUGAGCAAAGUCACUGCGCCCGUCUAUCUCUACUACGGUCUUAACGACCUCAUCUCUACUCGCGAAGACAGUGAAUGGGCAGCAAGCCAGCUCGGCAACGUGAAGGGCUUGUUUCAAAUCGACGACGACUUGUUCAACCACUGGGACUUUCUUUGGUCCAUCAACGUGAACGAAUUGCUCUACAACCAUAUACUACCGCUCUUCCGUUAAUGACUACCCUCUCGUCCGCUUCCGCAAAAAAAGAAACAACAAAAAAGUUCCGAGUUUCCAAUUAAAAAAAAAAAGAAAAGAAGGUUACGUGUACAGCAGCAUAUCAUUCGUCCUUAUUAUUUCGGCCAUGUAUAAAUCGACGCACCGUACCGAAAGAGCCAGGCGGUACAGCACGAAACAAUAAACUUGCAAUAAACCAUAAACCCAGCAGAA